AUGGACGCGAAUUCUCUGGGAACAACAUCAAGAUUGGCCCUCUUGAUUUUCUCCGCCUACCUCUUCAACCGCACCUACUCCCCACCAGCCGGCACCUUUACACUUCCCCCUCUUGGACCCUCGUUCUCCGAAAAGCGAGAGUGGUUCACUCUACGACUCUGUACAUAUGUUUACCCAUUCCUCAGAAUAGGAUACGCGGCUGUCACUUUCCUCGAAUGUUUAUUCACCUCCAUGACCUAUCUCAAGAAUCCCAGCUCCCUCGCAGACUACCCUAUCCUUCGGAUUCCACUGGGAUUAUCCGGACCGCCCGGCUGGAUAGCGAUGCUAGGAUUGCUCACAAGUGUCUUCGGAGGCCUCUUCCGAAUCUCAUGUUACAAAGCCCUAGGCGACGGCUUCACCUUCAACAUCACCCGAUCGAGCUCAAAACUGAUAACAUCAGGUCCUUACUCCAUUGUACGCCACCCAGCUUACCUAGCACUAUCACUCAACUCUGCCGGAAUAUCAAUCUACCAUUUAUCUCCUGGAUCAUGGCUGAGAGAAAGUGGACUACUGCAACACAAUGUAUGCAAGGCCGUUGUAGGGGCGUGGAUAUUUAUAAUUAUCACAAUGAAUAUCUGUCUUGGGUUUAGGGCGGAAGACGAGGAUAGGUUGAUGAAGAGUAUGUUUGAGGAGGAGUGGGAGAAGUGGAGGAGGGAUGUGAGGUACAAGAUUUAUCCUGGGUUGUAUUAG